CUCCAAUUUGACAACCAGCCAAUCCGCGCCAUGACAGCCCGGCACGUGACGGAGAGUAAGUUCCUGCUGUGGCUUCAGGGAAACAGAUCGACAUUCAGCCACGGGAGAAUCGCACUUUGCGGCCUGUGGAAGCCCCCUUCCUGAGCAAUGGCCUCACCAAUCUCAGUCUACAACUCCAACGCUUUGGAUACCCACAUCUCCAGUACCUCCAGAGAGUCCUUGAAGAUGGAGUUGUUAGCUGAUGUGUCUCUGCUGCCAGGGGAGGACAGAAUUAUAGAUAAAGACAUCAUCUACAUCUGUCCAUUCAAUGGAGCUGUGAAAGGCAAAGUGUUGAUCACCAACUACAGACUCUACUUUAAGAGCUCAGAUGCUGAUGUGGCUGUGAUGCUGGACGUUCCUCUGGGUGCCAUCAGUCGGGUGGAGAAGAUGGGUGGGGCGUCGAGCAGAGGAGAAAACUCCUAUGGCCUGGACAUCACCUGCAAGGAUAUGAGAAACCUGAGGUUUGCCUUGAAGCAGGAGGGUCACAGCAGAAGAGACAUCUUUGAGCUUCUCUUCAAAUAUGCCUUCCCUCUCUCACACAGUCUGCCACUUUUUGCAUAUGUGACCCAGGAGAAGUAUGAGGAGAGUGGCUGGAACAUCUACAAGCCUAUGGAGGAGUUCAGACGGCAGGGCUUACCUAACAACAAGUGGCGCAUCACAUUCAUCAAUAAGAACUAUGAGCUGUGUGACACCUACCCCACUGUGUUGGCUGUACCCUUUAAGAGUAAAGAGGAGGACCUGAAAAGAGUGGCUGCCUUCAGGUCAAGAGGACGCAUACCGGUUCUAUCAUGGAUCCACAGGGAGAACCAGGCAGUGAUCGUCCGCUGCAGUCAGCCUCUGGUUGGUAUGUCUGGUAAAAGAAACAAGGAUGAUGAGCGCUACCUGGACAUGAUCAGGGAGGCUAAUGACACACCCAAGCUUACCAUCUAUGAUGCUCGGCCUAAUGUCAACGCUGUGGCCAACAAGGCCACAGGAGGAGGCUAUGAGGGUGAUGAGUACCAAAACGCAGAGCUCAUCUUCCUGGACAUUCAGAAUAUUCAUGUCAUGAGGGAAUCCCUGAAGAAACUCAAAGACAUUGUCUACCCCAACGUGGAGGAAUCUCAUUGGCUGUCCAGUCUAGAGUCUACACACUGGCUAGAGCAUGUUAAGCUGGUGUUGUCUGGAGCCAUCCAAGUAGCAGACAAGGUUUCCAGUGGAAAUUCAGUGGUGGUUCACUGCAGUGACGGCUGGGACAGAACUGCUCAGCUCACCUCUCUGGCCAUGUUGAUGCUUGACAGUCACUACCGCACUCUCAGAGGAUUCCAGGUGCUGAUUGAGAAGGAAUGGAUCAGCUUUGGGCACAAGUUUGCCUCAAGGAUAGGUCACGGUGACAAGAACCAUGCAGAUCAGGACAGAUCACCCAUCUUUGUUCAGUUCAUCGACUGCGUGUGGCAGAUGACUAAACAGUUUCCUACAGCCUUUGAGUUUAAUGAGCGCCUCCUGCUGACAAUCCUGGAUCAUCUCUACAGCUGUCGCUUUGGGACUUUCCUCUACAACUGUGAGAAUGCACGAGACCAGCAUGAGGUGAGGUCCAAGGCGGUGUCUCUAUGGUCUCUGGUCAACAGUAAGAUGGACAUUUAUUUAAACCCCUUCUACACCCCUGAGUCUGGCAGAGUCCUCUACCCCGUCGCCAGCAUGCGUCACCUAGAGCUGUGGGUUACAUACUACAUCCGCUGGAACCCACGCAUACAACAACAGCAGCAGAGUCCCGUGGAGCAGCGAUACAAGGAGCUGUUGGCUCUCAGAGAUGAGUACUUGAAGAAGCUGGAGGAGCUGCAGCUGUCUGACUCCUCCCCUUCCUCCCGUCUGGCGAACAGCUCCACCCCCAACACAUCCUCCACCUCCUCCACACCAUCACAGCAAUACACACACCUACAAACUCCCCUCUGAGAGCUGGUGACGCACACGCACACUUAGAUAUACUUGUUGACUUGCACUUAUGUCGUCUUCACUCUGUCAGUCUCACACGUGCAGGGAAUUAGUAUUGUGCAGUCCUAACUGUGGAUAACAAAAAAUGCUAAUAAGAUUUAGAUGUGAUGGUUAAUUCUAACACCAUGGCAGCGAUGAUGGUGAUUUAUGCAAUAUGUCACAGUACAGCCUUGUCACAGACUUUUCUACACACACAUCAUACAGUGAAGCCUUAAAGACAUCAGUUUUGGCUUUCAGUUUAAGGGCUUGAACACACAGGACAUGCAGCAGGUGUGUAGAGGCAGCAGAGCCUUUACAUCUUACUCUGAUUGGACAGAAGCCCACCAGGAAAACAUGCUAAUGGUUAUUUUUUUAAUCAAAUGACCUUGGGGAUGGUGGUUUGACAGAAUAUAAGAUAAACCAGCUCUAUGUUGGUCCCUGUGUUAUUUGCAGCGUUCUUGCUCCAUUCUGUUGACCUCCAAGUGUGGGUGGAGCUCUUCUGUUAGUGUAAUAAUGCUGACUUCUGACACAGUUAACAAACCACAUCAAAAUAGAUGUUCUCUUUAAAGAGAGAAAGCCCAAAGAUAGGCCCAGUCAUGAAUCAAGAACUGGCAGAAACAAAACCCGUUUUACAGUCCAGUGUCAGAUCACUGCUUUACCCCAGCUCAGUUGGCAUCCUGUGUGUAAUCAAGAUGUUGUAUUCUCACUUUUCACACUUCUUCCUACUUGCUGCACUGCUACUGAUGUUGUGUUUCCCAAUCCUUUAAAGAAUCGGCUGAGGUGAGUUUCUACAUCUCCAUCCAGGUGUAUAUAUCAAGCGUGUCACAUUUGGAUGGAUUGAUGUGGGAUUUGUUGUUGGGUUUUUUUUACCUGAGGAUGAAAUUUAGAGUCGUCCCCAUCACCUGUAUGUUUUGCCACUGCUUUCAGAUAAGCUCUGUAUUUUUCAGCACUUCCCAAGCUACAGCACUGAGAGCAAAUACAGGUCUAGCCAAGAAGCAGUUUGGUCAGAAAUAAUCAGUCAUUUUGUUUUAUGAAUGCAGCUUUCAUACAGUUUGAAAUAUAUUUCAGGUGCUCAAGAUAGUAUAGUAUAAAUGAAGUGGUGCUGGCCACUGAUCCUGGAUCUCCUCUUGUACUUUAAUCCUCUCAUUAAACAGAGACUGUGGAUGGACAAAUCAGCCAGCUCCAUGGUGGCCUUGAUGUUUGUAAGAUGUUUGUAACCAGCACACAGAUAGUGAGCAGAAAAAAACAAAACAAUUCACUUAAGUCCCCUUUUUGUAAAUCAGACCAUUUGUAGAUAUUCUUUCCACCCUCAGUAAGUCCAUGUGUGCACAUGUGCCUUUUGGACAGGCGUUGACUUUGUAUCAGAGUUGUUUUUUUGUUGUUUUUUGCUGCCAGAUUUUAUUGUGUCGGUUUGAAAGUUUUAGUCAGUGAAUAAAGUGUUGUCAUUUUCCAUUUA